UAUUCUCUUGGUUAAUGCCUUCACGAUCUCUCUCUCUCGCUCUCCCCCUCCCUCCCUCUCUCUCUCUCUCUCUCUCUCUCUCAUUCCUUCCCUCGCCUCUGCUUUCCAUCCCACGUUCUAAAUUGUCCUUCUUUGCCCAUGUCUCCUUGGCCUAACCCGUUUUUCUUCAAUCGGUCCUGUUUUAGUAAUAUUUAUUUUAAUCCUAGACUACCUCCAAUGAGUGGAUUAUUGGCCCUGUUAUCCUGGCUGGCUGGCUAAUGCCAGUUCACUGUAAACUGGGUAUAUUCCCUGUGCAAUCUCUAUUCUUUUGCUUGGGAUUGUCGUUCCCAUUGCUUGAAUUUGUUUUUAUUUCCUUUAUUUUCCUGCUUUGGGUGACUUCGCUCUGUUUUUUCCCCUUCUUGGAGUAGGGUUUCUCUCUUCCCGCUGGGUGUUAUUUUCCCCCUGGUUCUGCUGAGAUGUGUCAAUCACUCUCCCUUUGCUAUUGGCUGCGGAGUUUGCGUCAAAAAGUUACCAGAGAGGCGCUUUCUCAGCAAGUCUCAGAGAAAGGAGAGAGAGACCGGUGCAACUGAGCAAUCUCAACCAUUUUCCCACUCUGAAAACAACACACACCGCCUUUAAACAGGCUCAUCUCCUUCCUAAAACAGAAAUAUUAACUCGGCAGGGACAAAGGCCGUCAGGAACGUGGACGCCUGAAUUUUAGGGUGUUUAACGUCGACCAGAGUCCAGUAAAACAGAUUUAAACAGAGGCCUUACUGCCAAGUCGCCAGAGGACCGAAGCAAACCAGAUUUCGCAUUUUUUAAAUUUUACUUAUUUAUUGCAAAUUCGCCAUCCGAUCCAACUUUAGCAUGAUGUCGUAUCUCAAGCAACCUCCAUACACAGUGAACGGUCUGAGUCUCACGGCAUCGGGCAUGGAUCUGCUUCACCCUUCGGUCGGCUAUCCCUCUACCCCGCGGAAGCAGCGGCGAGAGAGAACCACGUUUACACGAGCACAGCUGGACAUUUUGGAGGCGCUUUUCGCCAAGACUCGUUAUCCAGAUAUCUUCAUGAGGGAAGAAGUGGCACUGAAAAUCAACUUGCCCGAAUCUAGAGUGCAGGUGUGGUUCAAAAACCGCCGAGCGAAGUGUCGCCAGCAGCAGCAACAACAGCAGAACGGUGGGCAGCAUAAAGUUAGACCCGCGAAGAAGAAGAGUUCUCCUGCCCGGGAGCUGGGUUCUGAAAGCGUGGCCGGCGGCCAAUUCACGCCGCCCUCCAGCACCUCGGCGACGGCCAUCUCGAGCAGCACAGCCCCGGUGUCAAUCUGGAGCCCGGCUUCCGUAUCACCCAUCGCCCCUGACUGCCUCUCCACGUCCUCGUCUUGCAUGCAGCGUUCCUACCCCAUGACCUACACCCAAGCCUCGGGUUACACGCAGGGAUAUGCCGGAUCCACGUCCUACUUUGGGGGAAUGGACUGCGGCUCUUACCUGUCCCCUAUGCAUCACCAACUCCCCGCCCCAGGCACGGGGCUCAGUCCCAUGGGCACAAACGCAGUCACCGCUGGCCACCUUAACCAGUCUCCGGCCUCCCUCACCGCCCAAGGCUACCCGGCCGGCGGAUUAGGUUUUAAUUCCACCGAUUGCUUGGAUUAUAAAGACCAGACAGCUUCAUGGAAACUCAACUUCAACGCCGACUGCUUGGAUUACAAAGAUCAAACGUCCUCAUGGAAGUUCCAAGUUUUGUGAAGUGCCGGGACUCUGUUUGAACCUGGACAAAUCAUUCCAAUGUCAGAUCUUCGAGCACGAAACGACAUAAUUCCCAUGCUUGUGGCCAAGUCUGGAGGUUGAACACUUUGGAAUGGACAGGACAAUAUUUGUGAUUAUUCCAAUGUUAGCCAUUUUUUUUUAAAGGUUGGCAUUUAAAACAUAAAGGACCAUCAGGGCUGUGUGAAUUGUGCGAUUGGUUGUCACAGAUGCACUACUUUAUUUAAAAAAUGUUUAUAAGGGUCUCCAUAUGUAGUCCUCAGAGACAAUCAGUGUGCGUCUUAUAUCAGUGGUACAUCUGUGUUUUUAUUUGUGUUAGACUCAAAAACAAGUAUGAUUUGCUGUACUGUAUGCAAGUAUGUGAACCGCUUGAUGCUGUUGGACAAGAGAGACUGGCUGGUGUGUGGUGGGGGGUUGGUGGAGGUUCUGCUGAAUUCAAAUGGAGCCAAAUUCUGCUGGAAAAAAAUAAAUACCCGCCAUCGUUUGAAACGAGCGCCUUCAAACAUAAAUUGAACUGUGACUGCUUCAUCCUGACUACAGACUUCACAUGGACGCUAAGGUUCUAUCACACUGAUGCCAAUAUCUUUAAAAUGUGAUCAGUUGUAUUGGUCCCAUGGAGGAUCAAGUAUUCAGAAAUUAGCUCUAAAUUGUUUGCAGAUGUUAAUAAUGUUAUAUAUGCAUAAACGUUAACCAUACUGGAGUCGACAGAUCCAUGUGGCUACAUUAAAGUCAUUCAAGCACAA